CUGCGCCUCCGAAACAUCGUGGAAUCGGUUAUAAAGGAAGGUCCUUUGGUCGCCAGUAAUAGGCCUUGAGUCCAUUCCCCAUCAAGUCAGUGGCGCUACGAUACAAUCGCAGGAGUGCGGUCAGUUGUGAAUUGUUGGUGUUAAGCGUUCUUGUUCUGUUCUACAAGAUGGGUGUUUGCACAUUUAUUGUGGUGGCAGCAGUGGUGUUCAUUGUCUUAUACAUCAUAACACUGCUGCUAGUGGACUGUGAUCUUGGCCUAGCAUUUGCAACAAAAGUAGGCAAGAAAAUAGACACGCUGAAUGGGAAAGUGGUGUGGAUCACUGGAGCUUCUAGUGGCAUCGGAGAGCACAUAGCCCUCGCUCUCGCCCGCGGAGGAGCCAAGCUCAUCCUCUCGGCUCGCAGACUAAAUGAGCUUCAGAGAGUCAAGGAGAGUUGUCUGGCAACAGGAAAGAAUCUGACAGACGAAGAUAUCUUGGUUCUACAGAUGGAUGUAACAGCAGUUGACAAACUGGAGUUCCACUUCCAGAAAGUCAUCGAGCACUUUGGGAAGCUGGAUAUUCUAGUGAAUAACGCAGGUCGAUCACAGCGAGCAAACUGGGAAGAGAUUGAACUUGACGUCGACAGGCAGAUGUUUGACCUCAAUGUGUUUGCGGUGGUAGCCCUGUCUCGUAUAGCCGUGCGCUAUUUCCAGAAGAAGAAGGAGGGGCACAUUGUUGUCACGUCGAGUCUUGCUGGAGUGAAGGCAGUUCCAUUUUCAGGGAGCUACACUGGUGCAAAAUAUGCAAUUCACGGUUACUUUGAUGCACUGAGGACAGAAAAGAUGGCAAGCAACAUAACCGUAACGCUGCUGUGCCCUGGUCCAGUGUUCAGCAACUUCUUGGCCGAGAGCUUCACAGAAAAGACUGGUGAGAAAUUUGGGAAGUCUGUGGAGGCGACUGACCGACGGAUGACUGGAGAGCGAUGUGGGUAUCUGUGUGCUGUCGCUAUUGCCAACAAGCUGGGAGAAGCGUGGAUGGCUCUAUCUCCCAUAAUUCCAUUUUACUACAUUUCUGUGUACUAUCCUAACAUCAGGUAUCUUCUUCUGCGUUUCCUUGGUGCUCGGUACUUUCUUAAGAUGCGCGACAGCCAAGUGAGAAUGGAUAUAAAUGAUAUUUGAAAUCGGUCCUCGGCUGCGCUCAGAAUAAUAGGCGUUGCAACAUCAAGGCUUUGUAACGUUACAAUAGCAGCCACAUCUGCAGUUCCUCAUCUGUCAUCAUCAUCGUCGUCAUCGCUGCUGCCAUCUUCAUUAAUUAUGCACCAUAAGAGUGGAAUAUUAAGCUCAAUAAAAAUUAUAUUCUGCUUUUGAGGAAGAAGAAGAAAAUGUGGCAGAAAAAUUUGUAUACCUGUAAAUUACCCAUGAAGGAUGAUGGGAAAAUCGAAAGUAGUAAAAACGCAGUUAUAAAAAUAUAAUAUCCCUUAAGGCUCAAAAUCCCUUACAAUUGCAAUCGUGUCCAAGGUGCUUUAUCACUGGGCCAGUCACCUUGGUCACUCUUUUUUAACUGUCACUUGUUACCUUUGGUCUUUCUUCUAGAAAGUGCCCUGAUCUAGCGAUCAAUUGCAUUUUGAUUUCUGUACUGAACUCGGACUACAGCAGAAGAGUUCUCAAAUUAUUCUGUUCGGUGGAAUCCCUAUUUAAUGUUUCUAAAGUUUUCCUCUGAUUUAAUGCUUAAUUUCUGUGGUGUCAGUCUUGUUAUCUGAACACCGAAUUUCCUCUGUUUAGGUCUUCCUCAGUCAUGGGCACAUUAUAGAUCCUGCAGAAAAACUCUGAAUAGGGAUUUCACUGUUUUCAGAAAAUGAUUUUGUAUUCAUUUAGCUCAAUGACUAUAUGUACAUGGACGACAUUUAGCGCGUGUCUUGGGAGUGCCAUUCUACUAUAGGGACAUACAUGGGGAUAUAGAUGGGAGGGUAAUAUUAAAAUGGAUUUUGUAAGGUGUCAGGCUCAGGUUAGGAUCCAGUGGCAGGUUCUUGUGAAUUCGGUGAGGAAUUUCUUGAUCAACUGAGUAAUUAUCAACUUCUCGAGGAUGUGCUCCACGAAGGUACUCUGUCACUGGAAAUCACUGCUGUUGGAAUUAGGGUCAGUGUAAAUAAUUCUCUUAUAACACGAACAGGCUCAAGAAACUACAAUUUUAUUGUUCAAUUUUUUUUACAUAAAGAUUUUUUUAACUGA